ACUUUCUCAGUGAAUUUAUUGGAGAAAGAGAGCGGCAUAUGUUUGUCAGUUUGAGUGAGAAAGUGCACCGCCAAAAUCGUGUGAAAUUGGGUAUUUGGGACGAGGAAGCCAAUCGGUGCGAACUUCGCCGGUGCCCCGCUAUGUACCAUCAGUAGUGUCCGGACUCCGGAGUUAGUGCAGUUCGUUGGGGAUCGUGUAAGGGAGAAAGUGAAUUCGCACCUUCGCCCUCGUGGGCUAAAAGCUGAGAAGAGGUGGUAUUUAGUGCAUGGAUUUUUCAGAAACGGUUAGAUAGAGAGUGCAGUUUGGUCACGUUGAUGGUGAAGAUCGGAUCUUUCGAACCAGGUGUCAGACUACGUAGUUUGAAGUGGAAGGAAGCGUUCGAAGGUUUUUUGGAUUGUCGUCAUCAAGCCGAAUAAUCUAGCAGCAACCGUCGCAGAAUAUCCCCGGUCACAUUGUAAGCGAUGUCAUCAUUCGUCUGGGAUAGUCCUAUCAGCAUAGUAGCGUACGUGAUAACGGCCAUAGCAGUAUUCCUAUCCAUAUUCAAAUACUACCUCUACAUCACCCUUGGAAAAAUCACAUCCAGUCGGAACAUGGAAGGCAAAACCGUCAUCGUAACCGGGGCCAACUCCGGCAUCGGCAAGGAAACGGCACGGGAUUUGGCCAAACGAGGUGCCCGCGUCAUCAUGGCUUGCCGGAAUAUGGAAACCGCAGCCAAAGCACGUGAUGAAAUCGUUGCCGAAUCGAACAACCAAAAUAUCAUCGUUCGUCACGUGGAUAUGAGCUCGCUGGCCUCAGUUCGUGCCUUUGCCAAUGAAAUCCUCUGUACCGAGGCGGUCAUCGAUGUCCUCAUUCACAACGCCGGCGUUGCGGAAGGUCUCAUAUCCAAAGUCACUUCGGAUGGGCUGGAAUUCACGCUGGCCACCAACUACUACGGUCCUUUCCUGUUGACCCAUCUGUUGAUUAACAUGUUGAAGAAGUCCGACCAAGGACGAAUUAUCGUCGUAUCCUCCAAACUGUAUCGGUAUGCCAAUGUUAAGCGAGAUCUCAGCAACAUCAACCCUACGAAUUCCCAGUUCAACGCCCCGACCAAGCUGUACAAUUUGUCCAAAUUCAUGGAAAUCAUGUUCACCCAAGAACUGGCCCGACGACUCCAGGGAACGCGCGUCACAGCCAAUUGCCUCCAUCCGGGGGUAAUCGAUACCGGCAUUUGGCGUAACAUUCCGUUCCCGUUGAACUUGGUGUUCAAGCCAAUCCAAUGGUGUUUCCGUACGCCCGAAGAAGGUUCCAGGACUACGGUUUACCUGACCGUUGCACCCGAAGUUCAACAAAUCAGUGGAAAGUACUUCCGUGGCUGCAAGGUGACGGAAAUCAACCAACGGGUUCAGAACAUCGAAACUCAAGGAAAACUGUGGGAAGCUUCCAGGACUUUGGUGAAGCUUAGGGAGGAAGAUCCGAUGAUUUGAAGACUGGGUUGUUUUCAGUUUUAAGAAUAGCAUUUUCUGCUAGAUUUCAAGGUUAGUUCUAAGGGUUCGUUUUUAGAGUACCAAAACAUAUAAUCAGGGAUAUUAUAUUUAAGUAUAGGAUAGCAAAUCGAAAAAGUUCAAAUAUAUUUCAGACGAAAAAUAGAACGAGUAUUAUUCGUGUAAACUUUCUAGGAGAAGGGUUGACUUUUUGGAAAUGGGAUCAAAAUUUACAGUGCACAGUGAUUGUUUGCUGAUUUAACGCGAGUUUUUGUUUUGGAAUGUCUUCGACAAAAAUUUUCUGUAAACAUUAUAAGGAUUGUUUCAAUUAUCAAAUCAUCACUGUCCAGAAUUAAUAUGGAAUGAGAUUUACAUUCAGCCGUGGGCUUGUUCAUCACUCACAUGCAACAUGUUAAAAGACUCGAAUACACAAUAAAAUCACUUGUACCUACGAAACGUGUGUCAUAAGCAAACAGACAUCGCACUAUUUUUCUCACAUCGUUUUUCUUUUCAUGAUGUAUUAGAUAUUUGAUAAGUAUGACGAUUACAUACUGCC